AUGUCUCAAGACGAGGGCUUCUUUAAAAAGUUCCACGAAACUAUAAACAGUUCGUUGGAUGACGUGACGAGGAACAAUUUCGUCAAUUUAGAAACGAACACGAAGCGAGUCUCCUACUUGUGCAGUCUACCGACCGUCAGGAAUUACAAUUUAAUCGACGAUUUGCAGAAAUGUCAGACAGGCGGCGAGUUUCCAGUGAAAAAAGACUUGGAAAAAGCUCGAUUAUUGAAGGAUGAGGGUAAUAAAGCGGUACAGAAAGGUGACUGGGCGAAAGCGAUGCAGAUGUACAGCCAAAGCAUGGUUCACAUGCCCGAGAAAGAAACUGAAGAACUAUCAAUAGUGUUAGCAAACCGCUCGGCAGCUCUGAAUCACCUGGAACAAUAUGAGGACACACUGGCGGAUAUCAAGAGGUGCCUCAAUCUUGGAUACCCUCGUCAUCUCCGCUAUAAGGUAUACGAGAGAAGGGCCCGGUGCCUCCUCGUGCUGAAGAGGAACAAGGAAGCUAUUAGCGCUUUCCAAGACACAAUCAGCUCUCUAGACGAAGCGACAAAAUUGGACAAGGAAAAACGACAAAAGAUGCGCACGGACUCCAAACUUAUGCUGGAGAUAUUGAACAAAGGUCUAGUCUUAGCCGGGAAUCCGAAAGACCCGGAACCUUUGAAAAAGACUCCACCAAAGCCCAAACUUCCAGGAAAACAUAACUCUCAGUAUCCUGCGGCUUCCGAAGCCAUUCAGAUUGACUCUGAUGAAGUUAGAGGGAGAUUCGCAACAGCUACGAAAGACAUAGAACCUGGAGAGAUCCUGCUUGUGGAAAAACCUCAUAGUGGAGUACUUUUGGCGGAGUACUCCGGUACACACUGCCAGCACUGUUUCAUGAAAUGUCCAAUUCCUCUGCCAUGUCCAAAAUGUCCUAACGUAGUAUUCUGCAGCGACAAAUGCUUGGAGGCAGCACAAAAGUCAUACCACGGAUAUGAAUGUCACAUUCUUCCCCUCAUCUGGAAGUCAGGGUGUUCCAUCACAUGCCACAUAGCCUUGAGGAUGAUCACCCAACAGAAUAAGGACUAUUUUCCGAAGCUUAGCCAAGAAUUGGAUGCCAAACCACCUGGUCCAUAUAAAACUGAGGACUAUAGAAAUAUCUACCAUUUAGUAUCGCACGAAGAUAAAAGAUCCAAGCUAGACUUUCUACAUAGGACUCAGAUGACAGCCUUCUUCGUGAAACUGCUUGAGGUCAGCGGCUACUUCGAUGGAAAACCAAGGAUUAAGCCAGUGGAACUAGAUGAGCUUAAGACAAUGGCUGUAGACGAAAAAUAUAAAGACGAUGUAGCCCUGAUUGGAGGUCUUAUUCUAAAGAAUCUGCAGAUAUUGAAGUUCAACGCUCAUGAAGUGUUUGAGCUGCAGUGCCCGAAGCCUAAAGUGGAUAAGAACGUGAUCAAGCAUGAAGGCAAGUCAGUGUUCCUGGCAGGAGCUGUGUUUCCAACUCUUGCGCUUUUCAAUCAUUCUUGCGAUCCUGGUGUUGUGAGAUAUUUCUGCGGCAAUAAUGUUGUCGUUCGCGCAGUUAAAAACAUUAAGAAAGGUGAAGAAGUUUCUGAAAACUACGGCCCCAUAUUUACGACUGUCCCUAAAGAGAAGAGGCAGGCAGAGUUGAAGGAGCAAUAUUGGUUCGACUGCCAUUGCACACCGUGCGAACAUAAAUGGCCCAUGUACGGAGAAAUGAAUGAAAAUUACAUGAGAUUCAAGUGUGACUCGGAUCAUCCCUGCCCGAACGUGGUAGCAGUGCCCUACGACAGCCAAGAAUUCAUGGUGCAGUGUGGUCUUUGCCAGCAGUAUACCAACAUACUGAAGGGAUUGAAAUCAUUGCAAGACACAGAAAUGAUGUACCGUCUCGGCCGUGCAGCAAUGGAAAGCGGCCAGUACGGAGAAGCCAUAAAGAAGUUUGUAGCAGUUCUGAAACUUUAUGAUGAAACUCUGUCCCCACCGUAUCGUUCUUAUUAUGAUUGUGUUCAGGACUUACGGCGCAGCAUGUUAGCUUUGGGCAACUAUAGUAUUAUUUAG